GUCACUCCAGCUCCCUUCGAGGUCGAGAGCGCUUGACUCCAGCUUCUCUCUCUCUCUCUCUUUCUCUCUCUCUCACAUCUGUGUUGUUCUUGCUCAGUCGGUGAAAUCACCAACGAAAUGUAGAGAGCUGUAUGCCAAAAAUGCUCGGAGACCAACUCAAGCUUUCAGAUGGGGAUAUCCCUAGAGGGCUUGUUUGUGGAUAAACCAUAUCAGGGGACUCCUCAUUUUGACAUAUGGCCCGGGCAUUCUCAGCUUUCUUUUCAUUUCCAAGGAAUUUACACUGAAUCGAAAGAUCACUCUGGGGAAAGAGUAAUGUGUUUGCUCGGGACUACAAUGUUACCCUCUCGACAGCCUGACUCUGCUGAUCCAUGGGAAUGGGUGAAAGAGUCUGGUUACAACAAUCAGCCUCCUCUUUCAGAAGAUGAUCAGAUUUUGCUUAUUCUUCACUACCCAAAGAUAUUCACCUUGACGAAUAGAGCAAUACGAGGAAGCAUGAGGAGCUUAAACCAGAAAACAAAUCUUAAGUAUUUUGAUGAAGUUCACCUUUCUUCCUGGUUGGGAACUUCUGCAAAUUAUGAAUUUGGGUCUGGAAAGAUUGUUUCCAAGGCAUGCAGCCAGCAUCCAUCUGAAGAUCCCUUCGCUAGAGCUGGCAUUGAUAUUUAUAAGGGGCUUGACUUUUGUUUGAUUCUUGAGCGGUUUACUCAUGGAGAAGCCAUGACUGUUGUGCCAAACUGGAGAUGUAAUGGAACUGAUGAAUUUUGUAGCAAGUUGGGUCCAUAUAUGUCAGAUAAGGAGAUUAGAGCCACAGAUGGAGGUUUUAAUGAUGUAAAGCUUGUCCUGCAAGAUGUUCGAUGUGAGAGUGGAACUUCCAGAGAGAAUGCCGGGUUUUCAAGGGUUUCAGCAGUUUUUAGAGUUGUUCCUCCAUUUGAGAAUCCAUUCAAUGCUGCGCAGAGGACUGGCCUCAAUAACAUGACACUUUCUGCAGAGGGGAUAUGGAAUUUUUCCAGCGGCUUGCUUUGCAUGGUUGGCUGCCUUGGAUUUGUUGAUGCAGAACAUAAUGGUUGUAAUUCUCGGAUCUCUCUGUUUGUGCCUCUCUUAUUUUCUAUAAAGCAACGGAGCAUAGCUAGGGGGACUAUAUCAAGCAUUGACAAAAGCACAAGAUCAUACUUCCCUUUAUCAUUUGAAAAGCUGAUGCAACCUGCAGAGCUGUGGGAUCAAUACACUGCUGCCCAUCCAUAUUAUAUGUACUCAAAAAUUGAUAGGGCUGGUGCAAUCCUAGAGAAGGAUGAGCCAUUCAACUUUGGGACUGUCAUCAAGAAAUCAUUACUGAAAUUUCCCAAACUUGAUGACAAGGAGGCAUUUCCAGUCAGUCUUUCUUAUCUUGCAGAAGAUCUCACCCUCCAAAUCGCUGCAAUACCCGAUCCUAUUCCUGAUUCACGUCCCCCUAGAACUGUUAUCCAGAUGGAGAUUAUCUCAAUUGGGCCCUUGUUUGGCCGCUACUUUCCUUUUAGAAAUGGUACAACCUCAGAUGAGGAUACUCCUUACCAUGGUAAAGCUCAAUAUACAGAAAAACAGCUUCUCCUGAAUGUAUCAGCUCAACUUUCCCUUACAGGAAAACCCUACAACAAUUUCUCAGUUCUUUUCCUGGAAGGCCUUUAUGAUCAACAUGUCGGAAAGAUGUAUCUAGCUGGUUGCAGGGAUGUCCGAGCCUCGUGGAAGAUCUUAUAUGAGAGCAUGGACCUGGAAGCUGGGCUAGAUUGUUUAGUUGAAGUGGUUGUUUCUUACCCACCCACAACAGCUCGAUGGUUAAUGAGUCCAACGGUUUGGAUCUCCAUAUCUAGCGGAAGGACUGAAGAUGACCCACUUUAUUUUAGGUCAGUAAAGCUCCAAAGUUUCCCUCUUCUGUACAGGAAACAACGGGAAGACAUUCUUGAUCGCAGAGGGGUUGAGGGAAUCCUACGCAUUCUGACACUUUCAGUCACAAUUGCUUGUAUUUUGAGCCAACUUUUUUACAUAAGGGACAACUUGGACUCUGUCCCUUACACAUCUCUUGUCAUGUUAGGGGUUCAAGCUCUGGGGUAUAGUCUUGCGCUCGUCACAGGUGCAGAAACUAUCUUCAGAAGGCUGGCUUCCGAGGCUCAUGAAAGGCCAUCUUAUGAUCUUGAGGAGAGUCAGUGGCUUGGAGUAAUUGAUUACACUGUGAAGCUUCUUGUACUAGUUUCAUUUUCACUAACUCUAAGGCUUUGUCAGAAGGUCUGGAAAUCCCGAACCAGAUUGCUCACACAGAUCCCGCAUGAACCUCAUCGUGUCCCAAGUGACAGGCGGGUGCUUCUUAUAACCUUGUGCGUACAUGUGAUUGGGUAUUUUGUUGUUCUCAUUAUUCACUCUGCGAACACAAGGGAGAGGCCACUUCAUGCACAGAAAUAUGUCGAUUCUGUGGGAAACGCAAGAAUACUGAGGCAAUGGCAGACGCAAUUAGAGGAGUAUGUGGGUCUCAUUCAUGAUUUCUUUCUGCUGCCUCAAAUUAUAGGCAACUUGAUGUGGCAGAUCAAUUGUAAACCACUCAGAAGAUCAUACUUUGUUGGGAUAACCGCAGUAAGAGUUCUCCCUCAUGUUUACGACUACAUGAGAUCCCCAAUUUCGAAUCCCUACUUCUCGGAGGAAUAUGAGUUUGUGAAUCCGCGCUUUGACUUCUACUCCAAUUUUGGAGACAUCGCGAUACCUGCAACAGCCAUUGUUCUUGCGACUGUUGUCUAUAUUCAGCAGAGGUGGAAUUAUGAUAAGCUCCAACAAACUCUAACAUUCGGGCAGUUCAUGCUUCUGCCAUCCGGUUCACGGGUUUAUGAAAGAUUGCCUUCAAAGUCAUUUGAAGCAGAACUUACCUCUGUUGGCAAUGGCGGUAGAGCACACAAUGGGGAUGAUGAGCCUGAUGACUGAAUGAAGUCCCAGCAGUAAACUAUUAACACAAUGACCUUCCUUGUUUUUAAAGUCUUACUUGGUGUCCUAUUAUUAGUGGUUUACUGUGAAACUCUGAGCUGUUCCUAGGAAGAACGAUCUCAAACAGUUGUUGUUCUGCCAUCAUAUACUGUUUCUAGACCUUGAGAUUUGAGUUAGAUAAAUACAGUUUUUUAGCCAUCAAUGAGAAGUUAAAAUCAUUAUUUUC